UAAAACUCGGAAAAUCGGAAAAAAAAUCACUUCACUUCUUCUCGGCUGUCUGAGAGAAAUUAGGAGAAGAAACAAAAAAAAAACCUAUCCGAUUCGAUUCGAUUCGAUUCCACAAUCUUCAAACGUGAAUUCGGUUACCUCUCUCCUUCUCAAUCAGGUGAAGAGCUAGGGGUUCCGCUGAACGAUGGGUGUACCCACCACCGGAUUAGAAGGUGGGCUUUCUCUCUUCUUCUGCUGAAAAACCUAAAGCUGCUGCUCCACCCAUGGGUAAACCCGAGGAAGAUGGGAACCUCCGCGCCGGUGAAGAAGAAGCUCCCGGCGAUUCCGCGGAGAGGAGGAGGAAUGCUCGUUGUGGCUGCGGGUGUUUCGAAUGGAUCUCGGGGUUCGUAGGGUGCAAAUGUCUCUUCGUGGUGCUUCUCUCCGUCUCCUUGUUUCUCUCCGCUUUGUUUCUGUUGCUUCCUUUCGGCGGCGCCGUGGAUCGUGGGGACUCGUCGUAUCUCGAUCCCAGAUUUAAAGGUCAUGCUGUAGUAGCGAGUUUUAGCCUCGACAGACCAAAAUCUUUUCUUAGUGAACAUCUCGCGCAGCUUCGGAAUGACAUCUUCCAAGAGAUGAGCUACAUUUCCAUCAACGUAACUAUCCUAGCUCUUGAGUCACAUGAACCGAACAUGACAAAGGUUGUGUUUGGGAUUGACCAUGAUACAGCAUACGGAGAGAUAUUACCUAUGUCCUUGAGUGCUAUCAAAGGGAUGUUCGAGUCGGUGCUCAUAAAUCAAUCCCCUCUCCAGCUUACCAAACCUUUGUUUGGGGAGACAUUCCUUUUCGAAGUUCUGAAGUUCCCAGGAGGAAUCACUGUGAUCCCACCGCAAAGUGCUUUCCCUCUCCAGAAAUUCAAGCUCUCUUUCAACUUUACACUAAACUAUUCUAUCCAACAGAUACAGAUAAACUUCAAUACCCUUGCUAUUCAGCUCAAGAAUGGACUGAAUCUCGCACCAUACGAGAAUUUGUAUGUAACUUUAUCAAACUCAGAGGGUUCAACGGUGUCUCCUCCCACGACUGUUCACUCAUCAGUUUUGCUAAGAGUUGGGACUUCAAAUCCAAGCCCAAGGUUGAAGCAACUGACUGAUACCAUCACGGGUUCACGCUCUAAAAACCUCGGUUUGAAUAAUACUAUUUUUGGUAAGGUCAAGCAAGUUCGUCUAUCGUCUUUCUUGCCAAACAGCAGUGAUAGCAGCUCCAAAUCCCCAUCACCUGCACCUUCUCCUCAUUCCAAUCACCACCACAACCAUCAUCACCACCACCACAACCAUCAUCAUCACCACCACCACAACCAUCAUCACCACCAUCAUCAUCAUCAUCUUAGCCCAAAUAUGGCUCCAGGAAUUUCACCUGUGGCGUCUCCUGUCCCUCAGAGAAGCCCUGGAACUAGAAGAGCUCCGUUUGCACCUCCGCCCUGCAACUCAGGGAAUAGAAGAGGACAGAGAGUACAUUUCAGGGAUAAACACUCGCAUUUCUCAUCUACACCUACUCCCACGCCUUCUCCUUCCUCUACCUCACAUCGUUCUUCUCCUCGCGAUUCUGCUCAGCCACCACAUGCAUCAUAUCAUCCUCCUCACUAUUCUGCUCGACCACCACAUGCAUCACAUCAUUCUCCUCGCUAUUCUGCUCGACCACCACCACAUCAUCAACUGCGCUCACCUGCCCCCAUUCCUGCAGCCAAGCCUCAUGUAGUUCCAGUCUCUGCCCCUCUACCUCAUGUGGUGUUUGCCCAUCAAGCUAAACCACCGGAAGCCAAACCAAGUGAACCGCAGCACGCAAACGAAGCUGCUCAUCCUCAACCGCAGACCUCUUCAUCUAAUUUGAACUUACCAGCUAUGCCAUGGAUUGUCCUACUUAUGCUGAUAGCGGCCUGGCUUCGUGAAUAAUGACAUUAACAUGUGUCAAGUACAUUGUAUCAGAACCUCCUCCUCCUCUCCCUCAACCGGAUACUCAAAACUUAAGUGUAUAAAAAAAUGAAUUCAUAUGGAAACUAGAGUUGUUGUUAUAGAAUGUUGCUGCACAAAAGUGUGCAGCCUUCUACUUGAUGCUCUAAGAGCUUUUUGUAUAUUAUGCUUCUGAAAGAAAAAGCAAGAAUUUUCACUUU